UUCUAUGUUUUAAUGAUUUGGAAUAUACAUUGCAUAGAGUAAUUAAUUCGAAAUCAUAUUAUCUAUGUAGAAGAAGUUGUUCUGGGCGGGGUAUUUUUCAAUCAGUAAGUUCACAGAAACUCAGGAUCAUACCUUAGAACAAUGUAAAUCCCCUAUUGUCAAUAACCUUCUUCUUAUGUCUGAUAGUCAACCAAUAACUCAAUUUCAAUUAUCUCAACAAAUUAUACAACUUUCAUUAUCAAUUUUAGACUAUCAGCUUACUCAAUCUCAAAUUCUAGCAAUGCCCAACAUGCAGUCUGCUAAUACCAUAUCAAGCAAUAUGUUUACUCAGUCUCAGUUCUUUGUUACAAACUCUCAACCAACUUUAACUAUUAAUAUAUUUUCUCAAUCUCAACCCCUAGUAACACCUAACAUGCAACCUCUUAAUGCCACAUCAAGCAUUAUAUUACCUCAUAGGAAUGACUCUAAAAAAAACAAAUUCCAAAUAUAUCCUAAAAGAAAGAAAUUUAGAAAAGCUGACUACACAAUAUAAUAAUCAUAUUAUUAAUUUGGAGUUUGCUGAUAAAUCAUCAGC